AUGUUUUUUCAUCCCAGUGCGUUGAGAGGCACGUACGACUUUGGCGGCUCCCAGUUUGUUGCGCUCGGCAUGUCGUACCCGCAACCCGCCCCGCCGCCAGUGGGCCACACCGACCACCCACCCGCGGAGAUGCGGCUGGCGGCGCCGUCGUAUCACACGUACCCACCAACACCGCCGUCAUUUACGCAGGGCAGCAGCACAACGAGUUAUCCCGGCGGCGUGCCCGCUCCACACGUCAUCAGCCACGCCAGGCAAGACAAGAGCAACAAUAGAAAAGGAUCCAGGCAAGAGUGCGAAAGCAACUUGACGAGCCGUGAUACAUCGCCUGGGAUUCUUUCGGGCAGUGGAUGGGGGCUCACCAUGCGGUCAUCCAUGAGUUCUACCGUCUCGCCGAUGAGUACACCGCCUAUUUACGUCGUCUUGCAACCUUCGCCUUCGCAGAACCCGCGGAUGGCUGCAGCGCCUGGCAAUUUUGUGAGUUUGCCCCCGCAAGCUACCCUUGUCGCAUCCAACCCUUCGUCGAAGGAGAAUGGCACCAGAUAUGAACUUGGCGAGUGGUACGAGGGGGUUGUGAAGCGCUACAAUCCGAUGCGUGGCUUUGGCUUUCUCACGGCCACACAUCACCUUAAGGUCAUCUCACCUUCGAUCCCCCUUCGGCCACAGCCCCAACAACAACAGCGGCAGAAAUCCACGGCGACAACAACGAAAACAACAGUACCACCAACAACGACAGCAGGGGGUGUCGCCACGCAGCUGAAGACGUUGGAUGCGAAGGAUGACAUUGACACGGGGGUGAAAGCGCAUGUGGUGCGCACGCCGGUAUCCGUUGGGGAUAUUUUUGUGCAUCAGUCUUACAUUCAAAUGCAAGGCUUCCGUGCACUUUCAGUUGGUGACAAGGUUGUCUUCCGCAUUGGUGUUCUGCCGGGAAAGAAGGCUCAUCAAGCCGUCUCUGUGCAGCGUACGCAGGAGUCUGGGAAGAGUGUGGCAGCGACAGAUUCAGCUUCAAAAGGGGAUACUGAGAAGCAGAGAUCCACGGAAGAAAAACCAGCUAUUCAACAGCCUGCUGCGCCUUUAUUCCACACCCGCCAAUCUCUGGAGGAGUUGCUGCAGAACUUGGCGAAGAAUAACACGAGUCAUGAUGGAGAACUGGCAAGUGAGCUGCCUCUUUCCAUGCACUCCCUGAAUGCAGAAAUGCGGGUGGAGGACGGCAUGGAAGGGUGUAGCCUGCCAACACCCAUGUUCAACCGCAACUUUGCUUCCUUCGGGGCCACAAACGCCUUGGAUGAACCGGAGACUCUCUCCUACACCAAUACAGAGAUGAAUUUACCAGACGAUGACGAGGUGUGUGACUUUCUCGCCACAUUUGGUGGUAAUUGA